AUGGUCAAGAUAGACGUCAACCAGGACUACUACGCAGACCUGGAGCUGCCUCCGUCAGUCGACGCCGAGGCUGUCAAGAAGCAGUACAGAAAACUUGCCCUCAAAUACCACCCCGAUCGCAACCCGGGCGGCGAGGCCGAAGCUGGCAAGAGAUUUCAAAAAAUCCAGGCCGCCUACGAAGUCCUCACCAACCCCGAGCAAAAACAGAGAUACGACACCUCUCGGCGCUCUCGCUUCACAGGCGCGUCCGGCGUCAAGGGCAACCCCUGGCAAGAUGUCACCAAGAACUACCCUCCUCCUCCACGCCCCCCAGGCUUCCCCCAGCGUCCACCUCCCCCGAAACGCCCCGGCAGUACAACCUCCGCCGACAGAUACGCGCAGUUCGCGAAGGAUGUGCCACCUACUUCCCCUCGGUCCAGCCGAAAGCCCGCCGACGCGACUUGGAAAGCCUGGGAGGAGAUGAGACCGGGUGCUAAGGCUAAGGCUACAAGUGGUCAGGCAUCCGGGUCCGGAACAUCAGCGAGGUCCUCGAGUGCACCCAAGCCUCCGGGCGCACCGCCUCCAGUCCCUCCUCGGUCUCCUCAGAAGCAAGCCAAGGGGUCCUUCGGACAUCGCGUCAAUCGCGGCUACACACCUCAGUCGCCUAGCGGAGAUGAGCCUUCCGUCGCCAACAACAACUACUUCACAACUAGGACCCAUACCAACUUAUUCAGUGAGACGUCUUCAGCCGCGCGAGCUCGGCGGCGAGAGCCCUCGAAUCCCACGCCAACCUCAGACUUCCGCGAUAGUACGUUCAUGGACACCAGGCAGAGGACGCCUUACAUGUCUCACGGAGGCGAAAAGCUCGACCCAUUCCAAGGUGCCAGCAUCAACAGAUCUCGCAGCACGCGUGAGACGAAUACUGGGUCUUAUCAAGACGGCGACGGCGAGGAUUUACCGACGUCGAGCGCCCGUCAGCGUCGUGCGAGUGUCCCUGACAAUCUGGACAAUGAUCCGAAUGGAAAGCGGAGGGAAAAUAGCAACGUCAACGGCGCUGCCGAACCGAACACAAGCCCAGACGACUUCAAAUCUACUUCCGAGAACCAGUCCCGUACCCAGCAGGAGGAUGCGAACGGCGAAGAGGGAUCCAAAUUGUAUGCCAACCAGCCAUAUCUCCAUUCUCAGUUUUCAAACCAUGAAGUUCCUCCAAAGACUCAGCAAGCGGCAAGUCGUGCGGGUAAUGAGAGGAACUUCGAGAAUUCGCUUCACCUUACUCCAGAGUUACACGACCUGCUCUCCCGACAGUCUUCGAGUGAAGACCCAGCCCUACCUAAUGAUGGCUUGAACGCAUUUGAGCUCAAAGUCCGCCACAUUUUGAGUCAGCUUUCGGCACGAAAGUACUCGCCGCACGGCCUAGGGAUGCAGUCGGGUGGGGGUCAAGACGCGCAAAAUUCCCAUACGACGGCCUUUCAACAGCAGAGCAGGGCUGACAAUAGAAACCCCUACAGUUUUGGUGUGAAAUUCAACCACGAAUCCUUCACUGACCGUCACCGAUUUUCCAGGAAUAGCACUGAUAACAUCAACACUAGAUUUGUUGCUGACGAGAGUGAUGCUAGUAACUGGCAAUUCAAUGCAGGGUCUCCGGUCGAUGAGACCGGGCGACCAGCCAUACCGCGAUCGAAAUCCGGAAGCCGAGUCGGCCGGACAUCUUCCUUCCGCACUCCGUCCUUUCGGGUGCCCUCUGCUGAGCCUACUAACGAGGGCGUUCCGCCUCAGAAUAGCUCCUUCAACCCCGAAGAGUGGUCUGAGAAGAUUGGGCCACAGAUCUUUCAGACAUCGGCUGCGCAGAAGGCGAACACGGCUAGGCCGAUUCGUAACCCGAGCAAGAAGCCUAAGCCUGUCCGUAUGACGGCAGGCACGGCUGGAAUGGUUGAGUCUGAUGAGAGCAGCAGUGGCCAGGACGACAAUCUCAAGAAGCCGCCUACGCCGGGGAAUGCAAAUGGUAUCCACGAGACUGCCAGUCCCAAUGCUAUGGAUAUCGACCCUCCUAUGGACUAUCUUACUGCGAAAGGGGUCCGCAACAUUCCUGUGGAGCCAUCGCGCCCGGAGUGGAGAGCAGGUGAUGUUAAGGGGAUGACCACCCCUGGGCUGACACCGGGCGCGGUUCCUCAAGCAGGAGGCUCGGAAGAUACCGAAGAAUUCCGCGCCAGCCUCUCUGACCUCAAGAACGUGGAGCCAUUUGCUCAACGUCCUACAGGUCUUGACUCGUUCGGGGACUUAAAAUCAACCCUUCCAUUCCAGAGUGGCGCAUCAGGUCAGGCACCCGUCGCAAAGCCGGGCCCGAAGCCGACCAAUCUCCACCUCCCCGUGGCACCAAAACCACCCAACGCACCACCUGCAUUUGCCGUGGCGGGCCUGAAACCUUCUGCUGCUUCAUGGGAGAAGUAUGCUGGAGAAUUCUACAGGUACUUGACUGAGUGGCACAAGUUCGACACCAAGUUCUGUGACCACUUCCAUGCUCGGAACCUAGAGGUGCAAAAGAAGGUGACCGACCCCAGUUGGGUGAAGUCGAGGGACGCUACUGGCAUCCAAGAAUACCUUACGUGGGUUGAGGAGGAUCGACAGGUGCGCGCCACAUGGUCCCAGGCUUGCGACAACCAUGAGAUGCAUAUUCGGAUGUUCAUGGCGCACCGGGACAAGAUGGCAAAGUGA